AUGUUGAUUGUAGUGACUCACGUUACACUGCUUCUUGUGCCGCAGGUAUGGGGUGAGACAAUGGCCCCUGGCAAAUCAGAUGGAAGAAGAGAAUUUGGUCUCAUUUUCAGUCGCAAUAAUGCAGGCGCAAGUGGAGCAGAAAGUUAUGCAUUGGCCGAUUCGAUGCUAGAAUGUAUUGGAGUUGUGCGCGGCCUCCUCGUCACAGCUGGAAUUCACCUAGAGCCCCGUGUAAGGGCCAUCGGUCGGUGUCCUCCAGGAGCACCAUCCACUCUAAUAACUCUCUGUUCCACCGAUAUCCCCGUGUUUCCUUCGGAGGUGGGAACCGUCGAGGAAUUGCAGAAUCAACUGCUAUCAAAACUUAAGACUGAACACAGACCAAAUCUUGGGUUGCAUUUAAAUCUGGCCAUUCGGAAGGUCUCACCAGUUGUCGACACCAGCUCUGGUAUCAUAUACGCAAACACAUAUUGUGCCCAAUGUCAUAAUAUUUCUUCCAGUAAACGAGUAAAGCGGCUUCCUAAACAACUACUUUGUACCCUCCAGAAUGGAAUCACAAAGUGUUUUGUUAAGGCAGAAAUGCCGGAAAGCGCUAGCUUCUGUGACCCAGAUACACAAAUCUUACGAGCAUUCUUCACCUGGGACUCUAUAUUUACCCUACCUGACGAAGACGAAGCGAAUACGGAGAAGUCUUGGACAAGGACUGUUUUAGAGUUGUUUCAAUGGAUCUGCUGCUCCUUUUCAAUGCUAACGCUGGUUAUCGCCAUCUGCGUUUUUUCCACCUCUGCACGAUUAAGAAGACCACUUCCAGGCAAAAUGAUGAUUGCGCUCUGCUGCACCCUCCUUGGUGCGCUAGUAGCCUUCCUUCUCGCUAGUGGCGCUAUGGACUUAUUCAUUGUGCCUCUCCGACCAAUGUGCGUUACCUUUGCCUCUCUACUCCAGUUCCUCCUUCUCGCUGCUUUCGUUUGGAUGGCCAUUUUCGCUGUGGAAUUGUUUCGCACUUUCGGUCUCACUCGGAUGUUUCGACAUGCUUUUCUUUGCUACUGUUGCAGGAGAGUAAGAGAGAGAAAAACCAAAGCAAUGCGCAAAUCGUGGUUUUAUCAACCAACAAAAGCUCAAUUUACUCAGCGUGAAAUGGACUUGAAUGCCAUAUUUCACCACGGUUUUGCCUUGGAAUUGAAUUUUAUGCUCCCUUUUGAUGGUGUUAGCUUCCAACAGUUGAAUGAGUAUGCAGUUGAACUGGAGGAUAUGAUGCUUCGUGCGCGUGGCUCUGACCCAAAUCCCAGCAGGCGUUUCAAGCGCCAAGUACUUGUAGCCAGCAUGCUACCCUUCUGUUUCAUCAUUCCCACCUUAAUUAUCAACGAAUAUGUCCACCUGUGUCUGAAAUCAUUGAACGAGACCAGUGCUAGUAGCAAUUGGUCCCUCAGUUUUCAAGAGUCGAAACUUGGAUCUGUUCUACACCGUCUCAAUCCAGGCUUCUGCCCCGCCAACGAUCCGAACUACGCCUGGUUUAAGGGACAUUACGUAGGCCUUCUGGUGUGGUUCCUUAUACCCGCAGGAAUCACGAUUUGCUUUAAUCUUUUUGCUCUCAUCAUUGUGUGCAUCCAAAUCUGUCGACUCAAACGAGAGGCCCGACUGUCACCUGGAACUGCAAGUCCACAGUUCGAUGGGCAUAUGAAGCCCUCUAAGUCUAUCAUCGCAGUGUGCACGAAAUUGGCCGUUAUUUUGGGCGCCAGUUGGUUCAUCCAACUUCUCGCGGGCAUAUGCCCCCAUCUGCAGGUGCUUAGACAAUUGGCCGGUUUAGCAAAUAGUGCUCAGGGCGGUAUAAUCGCAGUCUCAAUGUUGGCAAGCUCGAAGGCUCGUCGCGUGAUGGCACAGAGGCUUCCUUCAAAGUGCUGCGAGGCUUUGGGCGUCAGCCAACCUAGUUCACGCUGCACCCAGGAAAUGACCACCUCCAGCAAGUCCAGGUCACGUCUGACGGGUCAACCCAACUCGCAGACUACCAGCCUAAUUCAAAAUGCCGCCUCCUAA